CGGUGACUGACGAUUGUGAAAGCGAAUCGAAUUCACAGACGGCUACACGAAAUCUAAUAUAUAUGGUAAACCAAUACAACAAAUGAGCAGCCUUCCUCGUUUAACGGGGGCCAUUCGAGCCUUUUCUGGCCUAAGUGCAUCCCCAGAACGUGCAUCUGGCUCUCAGCAGAAUGAUCUGCAACAGAAGCGACACCUAGUGGCAGAGAAACAGAGUAACAGUCAGUCAUGGAACACACUCUGUACUCAGAUCAGGAAGGAGGUAGAUGCUUCAGGGUCGGACAUCAAGGCAGCACUGAGAGACUUGUCUCAGUGUGCCAGGAACAUAGUUGGACAGGAGGCUUCUCUGGAGACUGUGGAAGGGGCAGCAGCUUUCUUGUUCAGCUUGUUCAAGUGUGCCACCAUCGACACAGUGAGCAGCAAAGAGGCUAACAAACUAAGGAACAUCUUUGGACCAUUUCCGGCUACAGCUGCAUCUAAAGCCUGUUCCAUUGUAAGAAAAAUUGUCUCCUGGAUGCCUGAAGACGCAGAAUUGUUGCUAGACAACCAGAUGAGAGAGGAAGCAGAGGGGGAGGCGUCUGUGAAGGAAUUUGGACAGAGUAUAAAAUUUUCGUUACUGAUGCCAUCAACAGAAUGUUUGUCAAGUUCUGAGUCAGAUAGUGAUGAAGCAGAUCAUCGGGACUUGGAUCUGAAAUACUCUGACAACAGACCAGCUCAGCAGACAAUGAAAGGAAACGCAUCACUGUCUACAAGUUCACAAUAUGAUGCUGGAUGGCUGCUGCGCGAGGUCUCUAAGUACUACCCGACCGGUGACUCGGCCUUGGGAAUGACUACAGAGGAUAUUAGUUCUACUAUUUUUGAUGUUCUGAUCUCAUCCAAGACGGACCCAGAACUACAGAACGAUUUGUUUGAACUAUUGGGAUUCGAUCGAUUUGAGCUGAUAGAAACUUUACUGCAGAACAGAGAUGGGGUCAUACAAAGCUCCUUGACCACUGACCCCUCAACCAGACCCAAUGGUGCACGGAAAAAAGGUGAUGGCGGAAACAAACCUGCAUAUGGCUGCCAAGUAACUGUCCAGACUGAACAGGAGAAGAAACUGAUGAAACAGCUGAGGAAGGAUGAGAAGCGUUUUGACAAGAAGGGAGGUUGGCAGGAAGAGGAGGGAGACAUGGCUGGCUUUAAUCCUCAGGAGCUUCGAAGUCAAAGGGAGGCCGCCCUGAAGUCAGCUACAAUGACCCCGCUCUUUUCUGACCGGUCCUUCCAGCCGCGGGCCAGGGAGAAGUACCCCAAUGUGUAUGAUGCUAUGGAGGAGGCUCGGCAGUCCUCAGCCUAUGUGGGAGGGGUCAAGUUGGUGCUUCCGGAUUCCUUCAAACGGUCAACAUACAAACUCUACGAGGAGGUCUACAUCCCGCACACAGAGGCCACAUCUCUCACCGUCGGAGACCAGAGAGUUCCGAUUGCGGAUCUUGAUGAGGUUGCACAAAUAGCCUUUAGGGGCACAACAGCCCUUAAUCGUAUCCAGUCCUUGGUGUUUGAGGCGGCCUACAAAACCAACGAGAACCUGUUGAUUUGUGCGCCAACAGGUGCUGGUAAAACAAAUAUCGCCAUGUUGACCAUUCUCCAUGAAAUCAAGCAGCACAUCUCUCAAGGAGUUAUCAAAAAGGAUGAGUUCAAGAUAGUGUAUGUAGCCCCUAUGAAGGCGCUGGCUGCUGAGAUGGUAAGGAACUUUGGAAAUCGGCUUGACUCCCUGGGAAUUACUGUUCGAGAACUCACUGGAGAUAUGCAGCUUACCAAGGCAGAGAUACUGAAAACACAGAUGUUAGUGACGACCCCAGAGAAGUGGGACGUGGUGACAAGGAAGAGUACAGGAGAUGUGGCCCUGGCUCAGCUUGUCAAACUGAUCAUCAUUGACGAGGUGCACCUUCUCCAUGACGACCGAGGAGCUGUCAUAGAGAGUCUGGUAGCUAGGACAAUUCGACAGGUGGAGAGUUCUCAGAACAUGAUCCGAAUCAUUGGCCUGUCUGCCACAUUGCCAAACUAUCUAGAUGUGGCUCGUUUCCUCCAUGUCAAUCCUUACCUCGGACUCUUCUUCUUCGAUGGCCGCUUUAGACCUGUACCUCUUGGUCAGACCUUCGUAGGAAUCAAAUCGACCAACAAAAUGCAACAGUUACAGGACAUGAACACGGUCUGUUAUGAAAAAGUCUUGGAACAAGUCAAAAAAGGUUAUCAGACAAUGGUUUUUGUCCAUGCCCGAAACGAUACUGUCAGGACAGCCAGCGUUCUCAACGAAAUGGCUAAAAAUAAUGGAGACAGUGGAUUCUUUGUGCCAGAUCGCAGUUGUCAGUACGGAGAUGCCCUCAAAAGUAUAAUGCGGUCACGGAACAAACAGCUGAAGGAGAUGUUCCCAGAUGGGUUUGGAUGUCACCAUGCGGGUAUGCUUCGACAGGACCGUAACUUGGUGGAGCGGUACUUUGCCCAGGGCUUCAUCAAGUGUCUUGUGUGUACUGCUACUCUUGCUUGGGGAGUCAACCUUCCUGCACAUGCUGUCAUCAUCAAGGGAACCCAACUUUAUGACGCUAAGAAGGGGUCAUUUGUGGAUUUGGGUAUACUGGAUGUGAUGCAGAUUUUCGGUCGAGCUGGACGUCCCCAGUUUGACAAGUUUGGACACGGAACCAUCAUCACAGCCCAUGACAAACUGUCUCAUUACCUAUCUCUGAUGACUAGACAGAACCCCAUAGAGAGUCAGUUCUGUGUCAGUCUCACAGACAAUCUUAAUGCAGAGGUUGCUCUAGGAACAGUAACCAAUGUGGAGGAGGCGGUCAAGUGGCUGAGCUAUACAUACCUGUACGUACGAAUGAAGUGUAACCCUCUGGUAUAUGGCAUCAACUACAACACGAUCGAGACUGACCCCAUGUUGGAGAAACAUCGUCGUGACCUCAUUACAGAUGCGGGUAGAAAACUAGACAAAGCUCGCAUGAUCAGAUUUGAUGAGAGAACCAGCUAUUUUUCCUCUACAGACCUGGGUAGAAUAGCCAGCCACUUCUACAUCAAGUAUGACACCGUGGAGGUAAUCAAUGAAAAUCUGAAAUCACUGAUGACAGAGGCUGAUGUGUUUGCUAUGGUGUCUAAGUCCCAGGAGUUUGACCAGAUCAAGGUACGAGAAGAUGAGAUGAAUGAGCUGGACAACCUGUUGAGUGACACAUGUGUGAUGCAGGUACAGGGAGGUGUGGAGAACACUCACGGCAAGGUCAACAUUCUCAUGCAGGUGUAUGUGUCACGCAUGAAUAUCGAAAGUUUCUCGCUCAUCUCAGACCAGGCCUACGUAGCUCAGAAUUCAGCACGUAUUGUUCGGGCCCUGUUUGAGGUAUGUUUGAAGAAUGGUUGGCCUGUUAUGGCAAGCAGACUACUAAAUCUUUGUAAAACCCUGGACAAACGACUUUGGGGAUUUGAGCAUCCCUUAAGACAGUUCCCAAACCUCACCCGGGAAAUACUCGAGAAACUGGAGGCCCGCAAACUCACAGUGGACAGACUCAAGGAUAUGGAUCCAAAAGAAAUAGGCCAUAUGGUGCACCACAUACGUAUGGGGCCUGUCAUCAAGAAGUGUGUGAACCAGAUCCCAGCCUUAGACUUGGAUGCCACAAUACAACCAAUCACACGUACUGUACUCAGAGUGAGGCUGUCCAUCGAUCCUGUCUUCCAAUGGGAUGACAAGGUACAUGGAACCAGUGCAGAGUCAUUCUGGGUCUGGGUAGAGGACCCAGAGAACAACCACAUAUACCACUCAGAGCGUUUCCUCCUCCACAAAAAGAUGGUGAAGGCUAAUGAGACCCAGACACUGGUCUUUACAAUCCCUAUAUUUGAACCUCUGCCUAGUCAGUACUACGUCAAGGCUGUGUCCGAGAGAUGGCUUGGAUCCGAGUCCAUGUGUGCUAUCUCCUUCCAACACCUUAUCCUUCCGGAGAAGCAUCCGCCUCACACAGAGUUAUUGGACUUGCAGCCUCUGCCUGUCACAGCCUUCAAUGACCCCCAGAUAGAGACACUGUACAAGUUUACACACUUUAACCCGAUCCAGACCCAAAUCUUCCACGUCCUCUACCACACCGACUGUAAUGUCCUGCUUGGAGCACCCACUGGCUCUGGUAAAACUGUCGCCGCGGAGAUGGCCAUCUUUAGGGUCUUCAAAGAAUACCCAAAGGCAAAGGCAGUGUACAUUGCGCCACUGAAAGCUCUCGUGCGAGAGAGAAUGGAUGACUGGAAGGUCCGAAUCCAACAGAAGCUUGGCAAAAAGGUGGUAGAACUGACUGGUGAUGUGACUCCUGAUAUGAGGGCAGUGGCCAAUGCUGACCUCAUAGUGACCACACCCGAGAAAUGGGAUGGGGUCAGUCGGAGCUGGCAGACGAGGAACUACGUCAAAGCAGUGGCUGUCUUGAUCAUUGAUGAGAUUCACUUACUGGGGGAUGAGAGAGGGCCAGUUCUGGAGGUGAUUGUGUCACGUACAAACUUCAUCUCAUCUCACACCUCCAAACCUGUAAGGGUCGUUGGUCUGUCAACAGCAUUGGCCAACGCAAGGGACCUGGCAGACUGGCUGGGCAUCAAACAGAUGGGGCUGUACAACUUCCGUCCCUCUGUAAGACCCGUCCCGCUGGAAGUACACAUCAACGGCUUCCCUGGACAACACUACUGUCCCCGAAUGGCCACCAUGAACAAGCCAACUUUCCAAGCUAUCAAGUCCCAUUCACCGGAGAAGCCAGCACUGGUCUUUGUAUCGUCACGGCGACAGACACGAUUGACCGCCCUCGAUCUCAUUGCCUUCUUAGCAGCGGAAGAAAAUCCAAAACAAUGGCUGCACAUGCCUGAAAUGGAGAUGGAGAACUUGAUAUGUGGGAUUCGGGAGACGAACCUGAAGCUGACGUUGGCAUUUGGAAUAGGAAUCCAUCAUGCAGGUCUCCAGGAACGUGACAGGAAAUCAGUAGAAGAGCUGUUUGUGAACCAGAAAAUACAGGUUUUGAUUGCCACUAGCACUCUUGCCUGGGGUGUCAAUUUCCCUGCCCAUCUAGUCGUUGUCAAGGGAACAGAGUUCUUUGAUGGAAAGACAAGAAGAUAUGUUGACUUUCCCAUCACCGAUGUGCUACAGAUGAUGGGGCGGGCUGGACGUCCCCAAUUUGACGACCAGGGUGUGGCUGUCAUUCUUGUCCAUGAUAAGAAACAUUUCUACAAAAAGUUUCUCUACGAACCGUUCCCUGUGGAAUCAAACCUACUAGAUGUACUACCGGACCAUCUGAACGCUGAGAUUGUAGCAGGGACGAUCACCUCCAAACAGGACGCCAUGGACUACAUCACCUGGACCUACUUCUUCCGGAGGCUGGUCAUGAAUCCAAGUUACUAUAACCUAGACGAUACAGACUAUGACAGCAUUAACAAGUUCCUGUCCGGCCUGGUGGAGAAGGCUCUGUUUGAGCUGGAGUCUUCUUAUUGUUUGGAGAUUGGCGAGGACAACUUGUCCAUCAUGCCCCAGACUCUGGGCCGUAUCUCGUCCUACUACUAUCUCAACCACAACUCUGUACGAAAGUUCCGAGACUCUUUGAAGGCUGAGUGCACCAUCUACGAACUUGUAGAAAUUCUGUCGAGCGCAGAGGAAUAUGCACAGCUUCCGGUGCGGCACAAUGAAGACCAAAUUAACAGUGAACUGGCAACCAAGGUACCACUUGCGGUGAAUCCCCAUACCUAUGACUCCUCCCACACGAAGACAUGUCUCCUUCUCCAGGCCCACUUCGGUCAAAUCUCGCUUCCCUCAUCUGAUUACAACACGGACACAAAGUCUGUCCUGGACCAGGCCAUCCGUAUACUACAGGCCAUGCUGGACAUCUCUGCUGACCAAGGCUGGUUAGUGACCUCCCUACGCAUUACUAUCCUCAUCCAGAUGGUCAUUCAAGGUCGAUGGUCAACCGACAGUGCUCUCCUGACUCUACAACACAUGACACCAUACCACCUUAACUGUCUCAGACCAAAAGGAGGGGAGGGUGCCAAGAGGAAAGGGGUAGCCCUGCCCAGGGGCCCCAUCACAUCUCUCCCAGAGCUGUUAGCUGCAUGUGAUGGACGGUAUGAGAUGCUUCUUGCCAUGUUGGACGGAGAAAUGGACAGAAUGCAGAUCGAUCAGAUUUAUACUGUGAUAGGAAAGUUACCUCAGAUCCAAGUGAACCUUUCCAUAAAGGGUUGGUGGGAAGGAGGUGAAGGACAACACGAUAUCCGGAUCCACAACUCUAAAGAUGGUGGGCGUCGCCCAGACAGUGACUGGAUAAAAGUACAUGCCGACCAGGAAUACGUGAUACACAUUGACCUCGUCAGGGUUAACAAGACAAAGAGAAAUGACAGUAAGGCCCAAACGCCAAGAUUUCCCAAACCCAAGGACGAGGGCUGGUUCCUUGUGAUAGGAGAAAUAGAGAACAGGGAGGUCAUUGCCCUCAAGCGGACAGGGUAUGUUCGUGGACGCUCCCGUCAACAGUUAGCCGUGUACACUCCGGAGACAACAGGACGUGUCAUCUAUACACUGUAUCUAAUGAGUGACUCGUACCUCGGCCUUGAUCAGCAGUACGAUAUCUGUCUGGAGGUGAUUCCACCUAGUAUAGAGUCUCAGGUCAACACAGAAUUAGUCGGCGAACUGAACGACUUAGAUUUUGAUGACAAUUGAUUCGGUAGUCGACCUAUGGUAUACCUUUCUUACUGUGAUUGGUGCAAAUAAAUGUCAUUGACCAGCGUAUCUCUCUAGAGGGGGUCCCAUUCAAGACUGAAAUUCAGAUUUAAGUGGUCAUCAAGUCAGACAAGAGAUGGAUUUGAUGAGACAAAUAAUUAAAUCCAUUCAUUUUAGACUUACAAAGAGCUUUAAGCAAUGAUAUAAUUCUAUAGAUACACAUACUGUAUCAAAGAUCUGUAUGACUUUAGAAUGGUAGAAUGUUCAUUGCAUCUGGCUUGAGAAUUAAUAUUGGUUUGUGUUACUGAAAGUCUAAUGACAAAUAGUGAAGCUGUAUGUUCCAAUGCAGGUUGUGCUGAUCGGGAAAUCAUCAUAUGGAUGUCGAUGGUUUGGGAGUUACAGAUAUACAGGACACUGUAGACAAACGAAAGGCUAACGGUUUACAAUGAUUGACGAUUCAUUGUUUAUGAACCAGUAUUUGCCUAUAAAGGCCAGUGUUCUGUGCUUUAAAGCGACCUUUGUAGAAGGUUUUACUAUAUAACUUGUACCUUUAUGCAGCAUCUUGGCAAUGGCAGGUAAACUGAUAAUCAGACGAGUAUCUAUGUGAUUUAUAUGAGCUAGAGUAGAUGUCUGGGCAACACAUGUACGGAAGGUUAUAUGCCAUUGGUUCUGACGUGCUGGUGUGCUGGCUGUAAGGCGAAAAGACGGCAAGAUUACUUGAUCCUGUCCCAAAUAUGGGCACGCAAUUUCAGUACAUGCUGAUCGGCGUAAAUUCCUGCCGGUUAGGAAACACCAGCACACCGGCAAACAAGAUGGCGAUGUGUUCAACUAAAAGAUUAGAUUAAGAGAAGUUAUAGAAUUUCAACUUAAUUGUUUUGAGCCUGUCAGGCUAUUUUAGUCAUAUAUAUUGCAAAUAAGUUGAUUUUGAAUGUUCUGCAGUGUUCAAUAUUUACAGUGCUUUAGAAAUAUGUUUAUUCAUAUAUAAAUAGAAGAAAAUAAUUAAAAUAAACAUGUUUUGGUCUAUGUCAGCCAUAUUGCAACUGAGCCGCUUUGCUUGAAUAUAUGUGCCAGUGGCAAGCUCAAAAUUGGCAAACGGCACAAACAGCAAGCUAGAAUCAAGUUCACCCAUAAACUUUGUACAAAUAUUGAUAUUACAAUGAUAAAUUAUAUUAAUUUUACAGAAAAAAAUGUAAAAAGGUUUCAGUUGUGAAGGUUGUAAUUUUAGUUGAUUAGAAAAUAUUUCUGAAAAAUAAAGUUGUACAUUAAUUGGGAGAGAUGAAUAAAAAUUGUCUACUUCACUUCUAUGAAGAUUCAAAGUCUUUUCACAUUGCUCUAUUAAACUUAUAGAUAUUUGUUUCCUAGCUAUUAUAAACUCUGUGAUAAGAUCAUGUUGGAAUAACUGAAAAUAUGUUUUUAUAUGUUACCAAUGUAAAAUGGAAAACUAUAAAUCAAUCUUGCUGUUCUAAAAACAAGAAUUUUCAAAAUAUUCAAAUUGCAAUUUAUACUGUAUCUAGUUACAGAUAGAAUAAUUUUUAGUCAGGGACUGAUGAUUGAAGUGGACUUGUUGGAACAUAUUUAUUUAUGUUAUAUUUAUGUGAUUGGCUCUGAUUCAGAAGUGGUAUCAGUUUCUAAGCUGUUGUUAGUGAUAGCAAAUUGUAUUGGCAUCCACCAUUGUUUUUUAUCAAUGACUUGUUGAAAUUCUAUCAUAGUGUUGUUUGUCUUUGGGAUUUGCAGGUCAACUUGAAAUUUUAUUCUCGGAUAAUAGGCCUAUAUAUCUAAAUUUCAUGAUUAUGAUUAAAAUUCUUUUAUUAUCAAAUAAAAAUGGUACGUGUAAAUCAAAACAAUGUAGUUCACACGUAAUUAAAUAUUGAUGGUAUAGAUAUGAUUCGUGGUAUUAAUUGUCUACUUGAUCAGUCAGAAGACCUGCAGCAGUGCUAGCCCUCAGCUUCUGUGUUAUGGAAUAAUAAAAACAAGUACAAUACAAUUUAAACGGCUAUAUCUUUUUUGCUGCAUCUUCUAUCAUAUUUGGAAAGUUUUUUAUUCAUAAAAUACAUCAAUAUACAGUACUGUUUUUUUCUGUAUUUAAAAAAAACAACUUUCUUAACUAUAAACAUUCUUGGUACAAAAUAUGUUAAGAAUCCUUUUUCAUUCUUUGUUAUUGCAAAUGUUUUUGUGGAGUAUUUGUUAUAAAAUCAUAGAUAAUAAUACAGGUGUAGUAGAGACACAUUAGUCCUGAUUCCAGGGGUAGAAGUAUUGUUUGGAUUACAGGUACAUGUAGGUCAGUAAAUGAAUGGUCUAGCUGUUAACCAAUCUUUUACCUUAUUUCAGAGAUAAUUGCUAUUUGAUCAUGACCUUGUAUGGUUCAGAGGUAAUCGAUAUUUGACCUUGUCGUAUGGUUCAGAGGUAAUCGAUAUUUGACCUUGUCGUAUGGUUCAGAGGUAAUCGAUAUUUGACCUUGUCGUAUGGUUCAGAGGUAAUCGAUAUUUGACCUUGUCGUAUGGUUCAGAGGUAAUCGAUAUUUGACCUUGUCGUAUGGUUCAGAGGUAAUCAAUAUUCAACCUUGUCGUAUGGUUCAGAGGUAAUCAAUAUUCAACCUUGUUGUAUGGUUCAGAUGUAAUCGAUAUUUGACCUUGUCGUACAUGUAAAGUUAAGAGGUAAUUGAUAUUUGACCUUGUCAUAUGGUUCAGAGAUAAUGGAUAUUUGACCUUGUCAUAUGGUUUAGAGAAAAUUGAUAUUUGAUCUUGUCAUAUGGUUUAGAGAUAAUUUAUAUUUGAUCAUGACUUUGUCGUAUGUUUCAGAGAUAAUUGAUAUUUGACCUUGUCAUAUGGUUCAGAGAUAACUGACCUUGUCGUAUGGUUCAGAGAUUAUUGAUAUUUGAUUAUGACCUUGUCCUAUGGUUCAGAGGUAAUUGAAAUUUUACCAUGUCGUAUGGUUUGGAUGAAAUUAAUAUGUUCAUAGUAAGCAUAUUUUUAAUAUUAAGUGCUUUCUGAGAAAGGUGAUGUAUGUUUGUGAAGCUUAAUAGUGUGUAUGUACCAUACGAGGCAAUAAAGUCGCAACCAAAUUCAGAAA